AAGGGCGAAAAAGUGUAAAAACUCGUGAAAAUAUCCAUCGAGACAGCGUGAAAAGGGGUGAAAGGUAUUGUGCGACAGCCACACUGUUGACAGAUCGUGCGUGCGAUGGCUAUAUCAAGCUGGAUGCUGCGAAAUAGAAGUAUGCGGUCGAAAGGACGACCGCCGGAGGAUUGCUACAAGUUGAAUGCCGCAAAGAGUGACGCAGAGAAUGCCUUCGACAUCUACCAGGCGCUCAGCUUCCGUGCCACCAGCGAGCACAAGCGUCUCAACCUCCUGAAUGCCCUCGUGAAGCUGUUACAGCAAGUCAGGGAGCCACAAUCCCUUGGCUUCUCCGUGGAGGACUUCCUCUACUGCAUUUCCCCCAGCCUCGUGCAUCCGUUCACACAAGUCCGGGCAGCUGCGCUCAGAGCCGUGCGACACCUCAUGUCCAGUCCGAAGGAUGUCCAGUCCUUCAACGACCUGCAGCUGUCGCACCUCGUGUGCCGGAGUCUGGACAUUGUGCUGAAGAACGAGGAGGAGCGCGUGCAGGCGCUGAAGCUGAUCCGCCGGAUGCUGAGCCUGGCGUCGCACCUCAUCAGUCCCGUGAUCGUGCGGUGUCUCGUGUCGCUGGUGGAGAGUGGCAGCGAGGAUGGCGACCGGAUGCUGCGCUCCUGUCUGGCCGUGCUGUGCGAGUUCGGAGUCCUCAAUCCCGUGCUGCUGAUCGUGUGCGGCGGCGUGAGCGCGAUCACGCGCAACCUCCUCGAGUGCCACAGUCCGCGCAUCGCGGAGAGCCUGUGCGGCGUGCUGCUGCACCUGCUCGAGUGGCCCCACACGCGCAACAUCGCCGGCGUGCGCCUCGAGUGCCUGGCGGCGCCCUACUGUGACUUCACAUACCGGCUGGGCAUCAUGGAUAAGAACAAAGAUGCCCGAGAUCUGCGGUUCACCUGCAGUCGCCUGGCACUCCUGUCUGUACUUAGAAGCUGGGCUGGCACCAUUGAGUUCUGUGAUCCGAGCAAACCGUCUGGCCUGAAGGCGAUCGUGGAUGUGUUGUAUCUGAAUCAGCUGGAGGUGAGGAAGUCCAUUCUGGACUUGCUGUACGAAUUGCUGGAGUUGCCGCAGCCUGUGUGGACGGAUGAGUACUCUGUGGCGCUCUCCGUGGUGGAUCCGGCGGACUUCCAGGACAGCUGGCGCCUCAGUGAGGGAUUCGUGGCAAUGGAGGGCAGGAGUGUGUUGCCCACACUCGCCAGUCGCGUGCCAAAUCCGUGUGAGAUUCAUCUGGCUCUCCUGCUGUACUGCUUCCUGGAGGCGGGUCUGCUGGACGCUCUGGGCGAGGUGAUUGUCUCCAGUGACACGUUCAUCUCGGUGAGAGCGACAGUUCUCCUCGGGCGACUGCUGCAUCUCAUGCACACACUCUUGCCGGCGGACAUCUGCAACACGAGUCCAUCUCUGCCAACACUCAUCACGCACGCCGCCCAGGGGAAUCACCAGGCGACGGCGGCCGUGGCUGCUCUGCAGGAUCUGCACCAGAUCAUGAAGAAUCGGCCGGCCUCGUGUUCCCUCUUCCUGGACAGCAUCAUCCAGAGCGGAAGUAUUGUGCACACGAAGCUGUUCAAGCGGGAGAUAAGUGGCAUGAGUGACAAUCCGACGCUCCUGCUCACGAGUCGCUUCAGUGGGACGCUGGAGAGGAAGAGGCACGACUCGGUGGGAUCGUCAAGCACUUCCGGAGCUGGAGAUUUGGGUGGUGAGGGCAGUGUGAAUGGCAGUGGAAGCAGCAAACUCGGCACCAUUAAGAAGUCGGGAAGCUUUAAGCGCAGCAAAUUGCUGCAUUUAUUUGACUCUGGCAAGGAAGUGAGUGAUCGACUGCUGAAGGAGUCCAAUGUGCUGCUGAACAAGGAUGGAAAUGUGUGGGAUUGGGACAUCAUUGUGGCCAUUCUCAAGUCGGACAGUCUGCUGAAGAUGGACGACAAUCAGUGUCGCUUCGUGAGGCGUCUUGUGCACUACUUCAAGCCCAGCAACAAUCGGUUCUCGCAUCAGGAUCUCGGACAUGGCAGGCAUGUGCCGGCCACUGUGCUGGCGGGUGUGGAGCUGGUGGAUUGGCUGCUGCGGUGUCAGGACGGCGGGACGCAGUUCAAGGUGCACAAGUACACGUACUCGCUGGAGUCGCUCAGGCACUUGACGGACCUCUUCGCGGACAUCAAUUCCCACCUGCAGGCCAUCUCGACGUCACGCAGCGCUCACGAUUGCCUGUUCAGUCCACAGCACAUGGUCAGCACGAUGUGCCAGCAGUAUUUCCUCCUCAUCGGACGCAUGUGUCGCAGCGAUCACGGGAUAAACAUUCUGAAGAACACGGACAUCUUCAAUCAGCUCAGGCACUUGGUCACCACGACGAAUCACGUGUGCUACAACAAGCUCAUCGUCUCGGGGCUCGACUACUCGCGCAGUCCCAUGCCGAGGCAGAUUCUGGAGAAGGCGCUCACGGAGGCGGUGAACAGGAGCGGCAGAUUGUACGCCACGCAGUUCCUACUCGUGCUGAUGCGUGCCAAGAUACCGAACUUCGAGAUGUGGGGACUGUCGAUGCUGGUGAAUCAGACAAAGGACACGGAGCAGAGUGUCGUGAAUGCUGCUCUGGAGAUCCUCGAAGAGGCUUGCCACGAACCGCUCUACUUGAAUGAACUCGUGAGCAUGUGGCCACCAUUGGCUAGUCUUGGAGAUGCUGGGAAGCUGGUGAAAGUGAGAUUCUACUCCACCAUCAAGGGAUUGAAUCACAUCAAUGCCAAUAUUGUGGAGCAAACCAAAUACUGGGCCAACAGUUACAACAAGAGGUAUGUUCUCCUCCUGGAGGCGGAUAUUCACUCAAGUCUCACGCUGCACACGAAGAACGAGGACGGAACGUACAGUCGACGGUGCUGUUCGACGCGUCCCACAACAAUCCCGCCCAAUGUCUUGCCACAUCUCUAUGGACAGCUGGUGCAGACGAGCGCCGGCAUGGUGAUUCUGCAGAAGCACGGCAAUCUGCCGAAACUCAUUGAGAUCCUGUCGCAGGGCGUGUGUACGGAUGAGAUGGAGAGUUUGACGCUGAAGUCGGCCAUCUGGGCGCUUGGGCAUGUGUCAACGAGUGCCGAAGGUGUGGAGUAUCUCAAUGAUCCCAUAUCGCGUGUGUACGAGAAGAUCAUCUUCCUGGCGAAGCACUGUGAAGUGUAUUCAGUGAGGGCGACGGCACUGAAUGUGCUGGGAUUGAUUGGCAGCACGAGUGCGGGUGCGAAUAUCCUGUUCAAGUUGGAUUGGAUGUGUGUGAGACACAAUAGGAACACCAUUUGGCCAGUGUGUGAGCCUGAAGAUUGGUUCUCCAAGCACUUGACGCCGAUAAGGCAUCAAAUUGGUGACAUGCCGCCGUACAAUUAUCGUGGCAUUGAGGAGAAUGUGGUGGAUUUUGGGACAACGGCCGAGACGUCGUUCUACUUUGAUGAGGCCAAUGAGAGCAAGCUGAAGUUCGAUGAGUUCUAUGACACCAGUAUUCACAUUUCGGAGGCGACGGACGAAGGAGUGACGCCCAAAUCGAAGUCACGCACGUUGCCGGAGAGUCUGGCGACGCGUGCAAAUGCCAAGCACAUGAGAUCACUGUCGGAGAGUAAGACUUCGGAUGGACUGAGUCUCAUCACGGUGACGAAUAGGACGCGUUUCAACUCUGGCACGGAUUCUAACACAUCCGGCGUGAGCAGUUGUGACUCAAUUGUGGGGAAGAAUAUCAUUGGUGAUCUGCAGCAAACACUCAGUCCCAUUCCGUCGACAUCGAAUCUCCUGGACAUUCGGAAGCCGAGUGAGAAGAGACUGAGGAAGAUCUCCCUGACAGGCGUGCCUAUUCGCGAGAAUACCAUCAGUCCGCAGGAUUUGGAGGGUUAUGCAAAGUUGCGCUCGCUCAGGCGACAUCAGCGGCCGAUGCUGUCGGAAUCGGCGGCUGAUGAGCUGGCCGAGAUGAUGGAUGACGUGAUUCUGCGGACGAAUAAGUUGGAAUUGAGUGAUCAGCAGCGAUCGCUGAAAGUGAGGAGUCUCGAUAGACAAGGAUUCAGUCUCACGCCGUCGUCAAGCUUUAAGAAUGACGAUCUUUCAUCACCCAAAUCGGUGUCCAGUUCCUUGAAGCUCAUGUCAUCGAAUGACUGCAAAGGACCGUGUUAUUCAGGCAUCUGUCUUCCGCGAAACAUCCUGGAUUUGUUCCCGAAGCGCAACACGAGCACGACGUAUGUGUCUCGGUGUACGCAAGAUGUGGAAGUUGGUGAGAUGAACAAUUUGCUGGUGCUGAAGCAGCAAUUCCUCGUGGAUGGCAUUGGUGAGGGUGAUGAGAGUUCCGUGAGCAGUUUGUCUGACAUUUCGACAAAUAGCAAGCGAUCGAAGUGGGCGGGAAAGCACAACAGGAGCAAUUGUCUGCACUGCUGUCGAUCGAAGAUCAAUCGCUUGCAUCCGCGCACAGACAGUGACAUCAAUAUCCGGCGCAAGAGUCAGCACAAUUCGCUGCUGCAGCUGUCGGACAUUAGCUUCCAUUCGCCAGAGAGUGUGCUGAGUGAGGAGAGCAUGCCGGAUAGGAUAACGGCGAGUAUUCUGCGAUAUGUGCAGCGAAUGGCGAAUCCGCUGUGGAGCAAGCAGUCGAAGAUUUCGCUGUUGGAGCUGAAGCAGAAGCAUCCGUACUCGUUUCAGGACAUUUGUCUGUACUCUGAGAUCUGCAAGUCGAUGGGCAGGAAUACUUAUCGGCAGAAUGCGAGGAGAUUCCUGCAGGAGCUCUUCCUGGAUCUCGACUAUGACAGUUUCUACAGUGAGGCUAAUGAGAUUGUGCAGCGACGAGAGCGAGAGGAUGGCGAUAGCGCCAAAGGGAUUCGUCUGGAGUUGGAGAUUGUGGAGCCUGAUCGACCGGGUGUGGAUGAAGUUGAUGCUGCUGAUGUGGCAAACACUUCGGCGGCGCAGAAUUGGCCGGUGGCGUUCCAGAAGUCCACCAAAUUGGGCCUCAAGUCGCCGCCUCUGGCCAGUGUGUAUGAGACGAGUGUGGAGAAUCUGCUGGACAAUGGGAAGUCAACGAAGGUGGUGAAGGUGGAUUGCCACGAGCCGCCGGAGAGUCAGAAGAGGGGCGAUUGGGCGAUGAGGCCGCGCUUCAACACGCUGGAACUAGAUCUGACGUGCACCCACAACAAGUUCCCCAUCACGGACAGGAACAGGAAGAAGGACUACUCGCCCACGUGGUAUGUGGGCAUCUUCGAGGACGGCCUGAAGGAUCUGUCGUCCGCAGCCUUCAGCACGGGCAGCCUUUACUGCGAGAAACGCUUACAGACAUACAAAUCAGAGGCUUCGCUGCCGCGGCCCAGGCGAGAGGAGAAGAAGUAGCCGCAGGAAGUGUGCGCGUAAUUUGAGAGAUGUCUUUGGAAAUGUGUUCCUCUCUUGCUGAGGAGGAGCCUUUCCACUGCAUACACUUUCGAUUCGAAUUUAUUUCACUUGAAUUGUUACUUUAUAUGAUUUUUUUUUCUAAAUAUGAAUUAAUAUAAUGAUUAUUUAAGUG